CUGUAAACAAACGUGACAGAUGUGCGGGUUCACGUUUUAGUUGAAAUCUCCCGGUGCCGAUUGCUUAAAAAAUGGAUAAAAGCCACCUUAGAAAAGAGAUAAACAAGCUUCAUUCGCUUGUUAAGGGAAUGCGUACCCGUAUCAUCCGUAAGCUCAUACGCGACAAGAAAGUUUGGGCCUCUAAAGCAACGUCGAACAGUUCGAAUAAGGGUGCCAAACGGAAAGCAGAAACUUCCGAGGCCAUAGUUAACCAUAUAAAAACGAUUUCUCCUUGGGUGCUUGUCGAAGCAGUGUUACAAUAUCACCCGUUAAAGAAUGGCGAAUCGUUGGAAUCAGCACCAAUGGAGCAACGCUGCAUGGCCAGAUGUCUGCAAGAUACGAAACUUGAUUGUUAUCUAAAAUCCCUCGAAAGCCAGUUGGGUGCUAAUGCAAAUGCAACGCUUCUUGAUGCGCUUCAAAAAAAGGGAACUAUCAAAUCAUCAGUAACUAAAAUACAGCAAAAGGAACGAAAGAAGAAACUGCUGCAAAAAAAGAAAGAAAAUCGAUUAGAGCAAAGGAAACUUAUUAAAUCAUUAAAGGAAAAGGCCAAAGCAGCAAAACAAUCAGCAACCGAUAAACCGGAUUCAUCGCACGGAACCGAUGAUGAGGAGAACCAAACGACGGUAGUAUGUGAUUCCUAUGAGUCCGACAAUAAUUCGGAAGAAUUUGACAAGCAACGGGUCGAAUCUGAUGAAUCAGAUGCCGGCAAGGAAUCGGACCAGGAAGAAAAGCUGAGCAUAUCCGUGAGUGAAGACGAGAAUUCUUCUAGCGAUGAAACAACAAGCGAUCGUGCCAUAGAAGAAUCACAGGUUAAAAGUAAUGGUGAAGCAAAACAGAAAGUUACUCCGCGGGUAAGUAAACCUUCCAUCAGCAGGCCGAAACAAUCGGUUAUACAAAACUUAACAAGUCCCAACAAAAAGAAGGAACUGAAUUAUAAAGCUCCUGAGGAAGAAGAUGAGCAGGAUGGAUAUGAGAUGGUAACGGAUAGCUUCUUCGUUACGAACACGGGCGAACAGUAUGUGGCGGUAGCGCCAAAGCUCAAACCACAGGCUGAUGACGAUGUUGGAAGUGAUGAUGGUAAGGAAAGCUGGAAGAUAAUGAACAAAAGAAAACGAAGAGAGAAACAGUAUGAAGAGACUGAUCAUACCGAAGAAUUUGCCACAGAUUUGAACCAAGCGAAACGACAAAAAGGGAAUAAUUUUACGAAAGUAAAAAUCAAUACUAAUGAGAAGACGUCCGCAAAAACUCAGAAUUUGCAUCCAUCGUGGGCUGCAAAACAAGCACAGAAAGGUAUCAAACCUUUCGAAGGAAAAAAAGUUGUGUUCGACGCUGAAGAUGGUGGCGAAAGCACUGCAACUUAUGCCCAGCCAGCUCCGGUCCAAUUCAAAACAAAAAAAGAAGAUCUUCAUCCAUCAUGGGCUGCAAAACAAGCACAGAAAGGUAUCAAACCUUUCGAAGGAAAAAAAGUUGUGUUUGACGAUGAAGACGGUGGUGUAAGCUCUUCAACUUAUGCCCAGACAGCUCCAGCCCAAUUCAAAACAAAAAAUGAUAAUCUUCAUCCAUCAUGGGCUGCAAAACAAGCACAGAAAGGUAUCAAACCUUUUACUGGGAAGAAGAUAGUUUUCGACGGUAACAAUACUAACAGUGUUGAUAACACUAAUUCUAAGAAAUCCUUCGAUCGAACGAGCGAUCUUCAUCCAUCAUGGGCCGCCAAGCAAGCGCAAAGUGGAAUUAAAGUUUUCACCGGUAAAAAGAUGGUAUUUAACGAUGAAGCUGGAAAUGAUGGAGAUAAUGCAAGUAGCGUUACCACAAGAAUACUGCCAAAAAUCCAAGACCUAAAGAAUGAUCUUCAUCCGUCAUGGGCAGCAAAACAAGCGCGAAAUGGUAUCAAACCAUUUGUCGGGAAAAAGAUCGCUUUUAACACUGAUGAUACUCGGAAACGCGACAAAAUAGGUGCCAUAAAACUAUCUUCGGUGCCAUCGAAAGCACUGAAAAACACCGAUUUGCAUCCCUCUUGGGCAGCAAAACAGGCACAGAAAGCUAUUCUUCCCUUUGCUGGUAAAAAGAUUACUUUCGACAAUGAAAAUAAGGCAGAAAAAUCAACAACCGAAGCGAGAUUCUCUACCGGAUCUGCACAGGCAGCUUCGAAACAUUACGGUAACGUUGGCCCCAAAUCACAACCAAACAACGCUGCCUCUCUCCAUCCAUCCUGGGCAGCGAAACAAGCACAAAGUGGAAUCAAACCAUUUGCGGGCACGAAAAUAAGUUUUGAUGACUAAUAAAUACACGCAACCCGUCGCGUAUAUGGGA